UUUUUUGGAAUGACAUUUGCCAGGAAUUAGGAAUGUCAUAAAAAUGUCAAAAUAUGCAAGUGACACGUAAUUUCACGUAAUUAUAUUUGCAUUUUGCGACCUCCAAAUGUGUAAAUUCACGAGAAAUACUGUUUCGACCGAAUAAUUAUAUAGUGACACAAUGUCUGACAAAAGUUUUGGUGAUCACAUGAGUCGGGGUAUAGUGCAAAAUCCUCUGCUUUCGACAGCCGUGACUGGCCUGUCUAUUGAGGAUUUGACGCACAACGCGGUGUUGUUGCCCGUUUCCCGUACCCAAGAGCCGAUCGGGAGACAAGAACCCGAGACCCCAGCUCAGUUCACCCCCACCCCGUCAGGCGACACUUUCAGCCCAAUCGAAAACCCCCAAAAAGACGACUUUGACGUCAAUGAGUACUUCGCGCGCCUUCAAGGCACCACCUACGUCAGCGCCCCUCUAAACAGCCAUAUUGAAAGUAAUAUCGAAAAGGAAGAUAAUUUAGAAGAAAUUAAUCUAAAUGAGCAUGAAGAUAUACAGCAAAAUCAAAGUAUAACGGCUGAUAUAGCGCAAAAUUUCAGCCAGUUACCGACGGUGCUACCCCAAGUCGCAAGCGCAGUGUUCUCGUCCUUUUCUAACAUGCUGAUGAAGAGGGAGACGCCUGAGAGGGUACAGCCUCUGCAGACGGGUGUGAGUGAAAUACACGCGGGUGUGAGUGAGACGGAGGUGCCGUUGGUGGGUGUGAGCGAGAGACCGCCGCCGCUGAGAGAGCCGCCGACUUCUGGUCCCGGAAAUUUCCGUCUAACGACAAAGAAGAAAUACGCUCAAAUACCUGGUUUGAGUUCCGGAGAAUCAGCUCAAAUGCCAUCCUACACACCUCCUACUUUCAACCAACCAAUAUUCACCCCCCAACCGGAACUUAAAGAUAAUUUUAUAAAAACUAGCAACACACCAACAGAUGAUGGUCAAACUAAUGUAGAUUUUAACGCUUUUAAUAAUGUACAAAACAUUCCAUUAGAACGCGAUAAUAAUUCAAAUGUAUUUGAAACAAAGCACGAAACAAACUUCGCUGCAUCACAAUUUCAAGAUUCUAACCAACAAGGUAUAAUUCCACCACCGCCAAUGUUUUCUAAUUUAGCGAAAAGAGACAUUGUGCCUAACGUAGGUAAGACGAUAUUACCGCCAUCCGUCGCUAGGAGAAUAGGUUCUAAUAGGCCUACUAUAACUAAUCAAGCACCAGCUUUUGCUGCGGUUGGUAAUAUAUUUGUACCAGCGCCGAUUGCAGCAGAAACAUUGCCACAGAAUGCUUCGCAGCGAUCGUUUAUGGGUAGCAAUCCUACGAGUUUUCCUUCAAGUACAUCACAAGAAGCAUCACCUGUUAUACCGAUGUCUACACAAAUCCCAAGUACAGUCUCGUUUACGGUUAUACCGCCAGUUGUCUCUUUAGCAACGACUACACUUGCGUCAGCAUACCCUCAAGUCGAUUCAUCAAUAAACAUACCAACAAAUUCAGCAUCUGGGAUACCCACUAUCGCAACGGGAAAUUUACCACCACCAACGAAAAAUGCAUUCGCAUCUCCCCCUGCAAUGACUUCACAGGCAACAGUACCUUCAAUAACGGGAAAUCUACCGCCGCGACCAAAAAAUCCAGUCGCACCUCCCCCGGCAAUGACUUCACAAGCAACAGUACCUCCAAUUCCGGGAAAUUUACCACCCCCACCGAAAAAUGCAUUUGAAACUCCUGCAAUCGUUUCACAAGCUUCAGGAUCUUUAGUAACGGAAAAUCUACCACUACCACCGAAAAAUGCUUUUGCGGUUCCACCAACGAUGGCACAAAAUGCGCCAGAAUUUUCAAUGACAUCAAGUGCUCAAUCGGCAUCUGUUUUAUCGCCACCGCAAUUUUAUACGCCAGGAAGCCAACCGCAAUCUGUAAUCCCACCGCCAAUGACAGGUCCAAAUAUACCAACACUCCCAAAUAUUCCACUAUUUCCAAAUACAUCUGUAGCAUCCUCAUCUAUGUCAACCAUAUCGGCUCAAUCACAGAUGAGUGCUUCCAAUAUACAAAAUCAACCUACCUCAGGGCUUUCUACUCAAAGUGCAACAUCAGCAGCUGCACCACUAAUAUUUAAUCCUAAUGAACAUGUAUCCUUACUAUCGAUGGAUAUAACAAACGAUCAAUUGCAACAAAUGUUGUCUCCUGCAGCAGAACCGCCUAUAAUCCCAGAACCACCGAAGGCAUCAGGCAACACCACAUUCAGGAUGACGAAGAAAAGGCCACAAUAUUACUCAGGACCUAUUGAAGGUGUCGGUGCUAUUAGUAACAAUGUAAAACCAACUUUAACGCCUAUUGCUACGACUUCUUUUCAAGGUGCCGUCUUUACACCAGAAUCGAACGCAGAGCAAGCAGAACUGUUUACUCCUGAGAAUGUUAUUGAAAAUGCAUCAUCGCAUGGAGCUAUUUUGCCUCCGGGAAAUAAUGAACAACAACAACAACAAUAUUAUAACUUCACGCCUGUUGAUAUAAACCAAUCAUCAAGCAAUAUCAAUUAUCCAGCAUCAGAAUCUGGAGCCUCUACUUAUAAUUAUAACACUGCGUUCGACUUAUCCCGGCAAGCGCCAGAUGCCUAUGAACCGCCGAAACAAGAAUCCGCAUUUGGCAUAAUAGGCUCUCUUAAAUCUAAAUUGUCUUCAAUAGAUAUAAACAAGCUACAGAAUAGCGUGACGACUUUCUUCGACCCUGGAUAUAAUAUGGUAAAACCGGACAGGGCAGAAAAUACUCAAUCUAACGACGGACAGAAUCAAGGACUAGAAAUAUUCAUAGCUAACCCUGAAACGCAAGUGCAACCUUUUAAUUACGAUGUACAUCAACAUAAUUUUACAUAUGGACAAGGUUCUAUACCUAACGCUAGUGAUUAUUAUAAUCAACAAGUCCAUAAUGUUUAUUCUACUUCUAGCUAUUAUUCGCAACCAACUUACGGCACACUAAGUUAUAGCCGAACCAAUUUACCAAUUCAGCAAGAUCAACCUCCCAAUAAUACUACAUCUGUCGUAAACACCGAAACUUCACAAGGAGUGAAUCUAUGGGGCUCUUAUGACCCUACUAGUACUAAUAAGGAUUACGUAGUAGAUAAAAGUAAUGUUACUCAUGAACCAACACCUGCCGUAGAAACAGAAUCUUCACAAAGAGCUAAUAUAUGGGGUCCUUAUGACCAAACUAGUACUAAUUAUGAUAAAGACAGUGUAUCUAACAUUGCUAUAAAACAAUCAUCUGCCAUAGCCAUUAACGCUACACAGAGUCCAUAUGACCCAACUGGUUAUGGCUCUAAUAAAGAUAAUACAGCAGACAACAAUAACAUUACUCAUGAGCAAACAUCUAGCGUAGAUACUGAUACUACACAAAGGGCUUAUGCACAGAGUUCGUAUAACCCGAAAACAACAACUAGUUCUGUUUCUAAUAAAGAUGAUGUAACUGACAACAAUAGCAUUACUCAUGAACGAACACCUAGUGUCGACACAGAUUUUCCGGAAAGAGCUAAUGUGCUGGGCACUUAUGAUUCUGCUUUUACUACUAGUUAUGAUAAAGAUUACGCAGCACAAUUCAGUAGUAUUACUCAGGAAUCAACAUCUGCUGUGGACUUCAAAUCUGCAAAAGAAGUUAAUAUAUGGGGUAGUUAUGACCCUACCAUUUCUCGUUGUGAUAAGGAAAAUGUAGUAAAACAUGAAACAGGUAAUGAUGGUGCUGGUGCUUUCUUCCAAGGUCAGCCAGAAAGUAACAUUCCUAAAAUGGUUAAAAUGUUAAGUGCAGAAAAUCUAGCAGAAGCUAUUAAAAAUCUGCAACUUAAAGAUGACGGGAAGACAAAUCUAGAAGAUAUUGGUUUAGAGGAAAAACAAAAUAUGCCAUUUAAUAUGUCACAGCCAAUUUUACCAGGUGUAAUUGAUAUAUCCACUCCUAAUCUCGACGAAAAUAACAAAUUGAAGAAAAGUGGUGCUAUAAAUUACGUAGAUAUGUUCCAAAAGUCGGAUAUUCCUGAACUACCCAGUGCGUUUGAUGCGCCAUUGCUGAACCCCUUUUCAAAACCUCAAGAGAUACCGGACGGUGUUAGUGAAGGAUGUGUUUCCUGGAAUUCUAAUGAAGAAGAAGUGGACGAUCAAUCAUCUGCUGAACGCAUAAUGACAUUAACCAAUGAAGACUUUGAAGAUGAUAAUUUGUGCGCGGAGGAAAGUGAGCAAGAUGAUAAUCUAGAUAUUUGUGUAACUUGUAGGGAAGUACACCAACCUGUGCAGAUGCAACCCGUGCUGGCAGAAGAUUUAACUCACAAAAUGAUUAAAAAUAUAACUGCCCCCAUACAACUUUCAAACCCGGUUGAAGUUCCAUUGACCGAAACAGAUAUAAAUCGAGAUGUUCCAGAUGAAUUUGACACAACCAACCAAUGCGCAGAAAUAUCGCUGAUUGCUGAUGAAACUAUAGAAACUUUGCAAAUACAGUCAGCUUCAGAUUUGUUGGAUGAGACUGAAAGCACCAACAUUGAAGCAAGUUACGGUUGGCGUGUUGGUGAAGCUCCGUUGCCUCCCGGCGAAGACCUUUUGGACCACGAUUAUACUUUUAAAACAGAGUCAAAUGCUAUAGUAUCAUUUGCUAAUAAUAACCUAUUCUUUGACAAUUUAUCUAACUACGGUGACAUAAAAACUGAGUUAAAUGUACCUCAGAAGGAGACUCCCAUAUUGCUGCAAAGUCAAAUGAGUAGUCCUAGCGCCCCACCGGCAGAAGAUUCAGAUGAUGCUAAAUCAGACGAAACGGGUGUGCUAGAUGUUUUGUCAAUAGAACAAGACGCAAGCAAAGAUUUUCCAGUUUUUGAAGAAUAUGUUAUUGAACCAACUGAGGCAGACAAUGACAAGAUAGAAUGUAAAGGUCAAGGUGACGAAGUCAAAGAUACUUUUACCAAUAGAGUUGAUAGAUUUAAAAAACUUGAAGGAAGUGAUGAUGCUACAGAGAUAAAUGAUUUUGCUGAUUUGUCAAUUUCUAAUCCGACGAUGCCUUCGUAUUUUGACACAGGUAACUAUGCCGUUGAGACUCAUGUCAAAAAUUCACUUAAAUCACCGACUAUUGCAAGAAUACCGCCAGGUUUUGAGGAUCAUUAUGAAUUAGUGCCAAAGGGUCAUAAUCAGCGUGGAACUGUAAAAGUACCUGAAACUUCGACACAAACAACAAUAACUACAACAGUUAGUGAUGUGCACACAAAAACUGAGAAUUUGACAUCUACUGUUUUUUCCAAUAUUACCCCUUUAACAAACGAACCUACAAACAUACAAGAACCACAGUUGGAAACAAGACUGCCUGAUUUUACUGGUGUUUUUGGGAUAAAUAUAAAACUUGCUGAUACUAGUGUAACUGGUGUUGUGAAAAGUAUAGAACAUACCUCUGUUAAUCCUCAAGCUAAUAUUGAAGAUAAAGUGCAGGAUAAUAAACCAGUACCAUUACCAGACCCUAUCAAUUUCUUCGCAACCUCAACACAAGAACCUGAAACGACAGAAGGCGUGAAUAGAUUGGCGAGCUAUUUUGCGGCACCGUCUAAAACUAAUAUUACGAAGUCUUUUUUUGAAUUAAGCCAAGGACAAGACCAUUAUAGACAAAAUGAGGAAAUCAAAGAAAGCAAACCUUUUUUUGAAUUAAGUCAAAGUCAAGAUCAUUACAAAGAAAAUAUUGCAAACAUUCCACACGAUAGAUACAUAGCGAACUUAAAUCUUAUGAAUGACUUGAAAUCCCCUCAAAACAUAGAGCCUAAUACAGAGCAAAUAGUUAAAACAGUCAACUAUUUCACUGUAGAAUACGACAAUGACAUUCUUAAUUUUAACAAAGGUGAACCUAGUCUCAAUAUUAUAAAACAAAACAUAAAUAAAGAAACUGCCAACCAACCAGAUAUCGUGAAAGAUGAAAUCGAAUUAGAAAAAGAGGAAACCAUUGACGAAAUAUUAACAGAAAUUAUAAAGAAAUGUAAAUAUUGUAAAGAUUUAAACGCGGGUCCCGUUUCGAAGAUUAACAAGGUCGAUUUAGACAUAGACCAGGUUAGGUUUAGACAAGCUAUGGACGGUGCUAGUAGUCCUAAGAAGGAGAAAGUGGAUAUGGAGCCAAGAACGGAUAAAGAGCGCUCAGUCAACGUGAAGAUGGAAGACGUGGCGUCUGACGGAGAUAAUAGCGAAGGAGUUGCUAUGAUGACUGAGAAUCGCUCCUCCAACGAGUACGAGCCGGUCAAACACCACUGGUUCUACCGAGUGGACUGCGAAGAUAAGUCGACUUGGCGCGGGUUCUCUGUUACUGAUUCGAGGGCUAUAGAAAACGCGUUUCAGAGCCCGAAUCUAAAUGAGAGUACGCUGGUGCCGACCGACGGUGGCAGGUACGAUGUGAACGUGAUUGGACGACUGAGGAUAGCUGUCUAUUGGUCGGAUAAACCCACCAAUGUCAGGAGAUGUAGUUGGUUCUAUAAGGGUACCACGGACGCGCGGUAUGUUCCCUACACGGAGGCUGUAGCGGAAAAAUUAGAGGUGGAAUAUCAUCACGGCAUGACAACAGGCGAGUGGCAUCGCCGUCUUGUACUACCGAACAACGAGUUGGUAGUGAUGCACGGACCUGCAGUCAUGGUGCAUUUCCUGCAAGCCGGCGCCACUGAUGCGUUCAGUACACCUAAUCUUUUCACCUUCGGCAAGCGUGUCUACCGAAACCCCCCCAAGUUCAAAGUGUCCCUCGACCAGCCGACCAGGAUAGAUCAUCUCCUACUGCUGGUCCACGGCGCUGGUGAAUGGAAAUGCCAAAAGGACAAAAUUCAAUCCGCCAUGCGCCCGCGCGUCGUUCGUCGCGGCAUCGACGAAUCAGAGAUCGAAGACUCGGAACCAUCAAGCAUAGACCAUCUGCUGUUACUCUGUCACGGCGUCGGUUCCGCCUGCGACAUGCGGUUCAGAGCUGUUGAGGAAGUUGUGGACGACUUUCGAGCCACGAGCCUGCAACUGUUGCAUUCCCAUUACAGAAACUCUUACGAUAACGGAAUUGUUGGCAGAGUUGAGGUGCUCCCCAUCUCGUGGCACGCUCCCCUGCACGCCGGCCCGCGCGGCGUGGACCGCCGCCUCGCGCGCGUCACGCUCGCCUCCAUCCCGCGCCUGCGCAGCUUCACCAACGACACCGUACUCGACGUACUCUUCUACACCAGCCCGCACUACUGCCAGGUAAUCCUAGACACCGUGUGCAGCGAGAUGAACCGUAUUUACGCUCUGUUCAUGUCUCGCAACCCGGACUUUAAGGGGCGCGUCUCCCUCGGCGGACAUUCUCUAGGCAGCGUCAUAUUAUACGAUCUGCUGUGUAACCAACCGAUCCCACGGAAUCCUGUAAAGCCUCGCAGCGAGAAGACAUACAUCAGAGGAACGGUAGCCAACAAUCCCACGAUGCAAUACCCCACUCUAUGCUUCGAGCCUUUGGCGCUUUACGCCCUCGGAAGCCCUAUUGCCAUAUUCGAGUGCAUCCGUGGUGUGGACAUGUUAGGCAGCGAGUUCCACCUGCCCACGUGUCGCAACUUCUUUAAUAUCUUUCACCCCUACGACCCCAUAGCUUACAGGCUUGAGCCUUUGGUGAACCCCGCGCUCCAAGAUGUAAAGCCUUCGCUAAUACCGCACCACAAGGGAAGAAAACGAAUGCAUUUAGAGUUGAAAGAUACCAUGGCCCGAGUGGGGGCGGACUUGAAGCAGAAACUAGUGGAGUCCAUCAAAAGCACGUGGUCCUCCAUGUGGUCUUCCGCCGCCCCGCCGGACCACCAGCUCGAGAAGGUUGUUGAAGAAGAGAUGGAAAAAGAGCAACUAGAGGUAGAGAGUUCGAAGGAUGAACCUCUCCAGGCUGAUGUGACCCCGGGCGAGAUGCUGGGCCGCCUCAACAACGGCCGGCGAAUAGAUUAUGUCCUACAAGAAGCACCGUUCGAGAUGAUCAACGAGUACAUAUUCGCGAUGAGCAGCCACGUUUGCUAUUGGGAAUCAGAAGAUGUGAUGCUUCUCAUACUGCGCGAGAUCUACGACUCCAUGGGGAUCCAGCCUGACGUCACCGUCCCACAGCAGAGCAUGACUGUUCAGAGAACCACUAUAGUUGCCGGUGGUGAAAGGAUCAUGACAACAGAUGCAUCUACCAGUCGACUGCCGUAGCUAUAACUUCAGUAGUGUUCAUAAUACUUGUUUAUGAUAAUAGCAAUACUAAAAAAAGCAACAUUUUCCAACCUUAUACUUUUUUAGCAUUUGAAAAAACUCUGUAAGAAGUUAACAGGAAGGGUUUUAUCGGGCACUUUAAGCAUAUAACAACUUAAUACAGCUUAUUUUUUUUUAAUUAUUUACCGUAUAAAAUGCCAGAUUUAGGAUCGAAUAGUCACUUCUGUGGAGUUAUCUCUAUUAUGCUAAAAAACGAACAUUGUUAUUUUACUUUAUAGAUACUGAAUAGUGAUUCUAUAACUACAAUAAAUAGGGUUUGGAUUGUCUUUGGACAUGAACACUCUUUCUUUGAGGUUCGCAAAUGCAAAUACUUAAUGCAAUAAAAAUAAAUAAUAAUAAUUGUACGAAUACUUAUAAAUAAAACGAGACACGACCUCGUAGAUAUAAUGGGCUUAAUAGUAAUACUUCAUGAUCACACCAACUUUUUUUUUUUCAAUUUUAAUUUCCAGUUUAAAAUUAUUUACGAAAUAAAUUUGGCAUCCGUGGUCACCAAAUUGCAACACAUCAAUAAAGGGAUCAUUGCAAUAAGGAAUGAUUUAUAUGGAGCGCCUUUUCCCCAUCUGUGCCCGGUGGGGACUGGGGACAAAUGGUUUUACACCCAAUUAAUCCUUUAUUUAAAUAUACAUACUUGAAUCAACCCAUUAUAUUUGCUCUAAAGCGUACAUAAUCGAUUUUAAAAGCAUGUGUACGACAGCGGUUCUCGUCUGGCAGCUAAUAUAUUAGUCAUUUGACAGUUGACAGAUGUCAAACAUAACUAUUUCGUCCCACGAAAGUAUUAAUUUUUGCCACGUCGUGCGCGCGUCAUCAAGGGAUAACCUUUUAGUUCCCCCACACUUCACAGAUAUCUUAUUUUUAUUUAAGUUGCUUAUACAGUGUCAAGCAUAAGUUUUUGAUAUAAAUAUAAGACAUUUAAAUGAUAUUAUGUACUAGACACUUACUGGUGUUACAAUUUAAUAAUAUAAGUACACAUAAAAACAGAAUAACAUCGAGGUCAAAAACAUGUAUUCGCGCUCAAAUAAUUUCAUUAAAAAUAUAUUACUUAUUUGUAUUUGGAUACAAAAUUGUGAUUAGUAAAAUAAUUGUUAAAAAAGGGAAAAAUAUUAUUAUUUUUAUAAUAACAAAUGUCUCCGCUGGUUCAAAUGGAAAUGUUGAUUAAAAGUCAAAUCCACUUAUUAUUUCCGCUAUGGAGGAUUAUAUAAAAAAAAAGAAAUCUAAACGGUCAUGUCUCUGCCCUGUAUUUCAAAUUUAUUUUUGUCAAAGAAAUUCUCCUGAAAAACUAUUAUUUCAAUAAUUUUCUUGUUAUAUUUCUUGUAUGGUAUGAACUAAGGUGCAUUCAGGUAAUUCCGAAAAUCACUUAUAAUUCCAUAUUAUAGUCCAUUUUCGGAAUUUCCCGCCAGUCUGAAGCAUUCGGAAUCACCCGAAGGCACCUUACAGUCAACAUCCCUAUUCAUGUGAAUUAGAUUCUUAAAAAAUAUCAUUGGUGCUGUGGCAUACUUUUAGACUAUCUCGUUUUCGUUUAACAUUAAUUUUAGCCAAUAAUUCGGGUUAAAAAAUAAAGGUUGUCAUAAGAUUGUAAACUGAAAUAAUUUUUGUACAAAUAUUUGUUUGAAAUAUUACCUAAUGAUAUGUGAAUGACGACACCCGAACCAUAAUAAGGCACUACAAGUUAGCAGCAUAAUAAAAUAUAUAACCAGAAAUAUUUUAACAGUAAUGUUUGUAAAAUUCGCUGGUGGCCUAGCGGGUUCAAACCCCGGCUCGUACAAAUAUGAGUUUUUCGGUGAAGGAAAACAUCGUGAGGAAACCGGACUAAUCCCAAUAAAACCUAGUUUCCCCUCUGGGUUGGAAGGUCAGAUGGCAGUCGCUUUCAUAAAAACUAGUGGGAUUAGUUGCCAAGCGGACCCCAGGCUCUCAUAAGCCGUGGCAAAAUGCCGGGACAACGCGAGGAAGAUGAUGUUUGUUAAAUUGACAUGUUUUCGAACGAUAUAAAAGGAGCUCCAUGCUUUUAAAGACUAGGUUUUCUAUUUGAUUUUGUUCGGUUAUUUAUUUAUUUAUGUGUGUACACAAUUAAACUAUAUUUUUGUACCCCAGACACUAAAAGUUUGUCUUUUUAGAUUCUGGGAUAUAAAAACAGAGUGUACAUAGCGUUAGAAAACAGAUUUGUUUUUAAUAAGUACAUAUUGCUGCCUCACAUUUGGAGGAAGAGGAGAAGCUUUUUGAUUAGGUUUUUUUUUUAAAUUGUGCAAGAAAAAAUGGAGCCCCUAAAUGUGUUGUAUAUAUACAAGCAUGUAGCUACAAUGCAAUUCAUUGUGUCCCUACUAACAAUUAUUAUUAUGAAAUAAAGUUUAUAUUUUAGUAAAUAA